UUUUUUUUUGUUUUUUAGAUAUUCUCUAUUCCUUAUAUUUUGAAUUUUUUUUAUUUUCUUCAAUCGUUGAUUCAAUAUGAGCGGCUGGGUUGCAUACAUCCAAACUCUGACUGACAGCUGCAAUGUUAUCUCCAGAGCUGCAAUUGUUGGACUUACUGAUGGAGGGAGUGUUUGGGCUAGAACGGAAGGUGACAAAGAAUUUAAGGCCACUGAGUCGGAACUCAAGAAGUUUGUUGGUCUCUUUGACAAUCUUGAUAGUGUUCCAGGAACUGGCGCAGAUCUAGAAGGUGUUCACUACAUUGUACCGAGAACUGAGGAGAACCUCAUUUUUGGCAAGAAGGACAAGACUGGGUUCUUUGCUGCUAAAACCAAGUCAGCAGUGUUGAUUGCUAUUUAUGAGGGUGAAGCGGCUGCUGGUGCUGAUGUUCGUGGGGCUAUCGAAUCUUUGGCAGAUUUCUUGGAGAAAGCAGGAUACUGAUGUGCAAAAGACUCUUUAUUCGACCAAAAUUGCUUCUCUGCUUUUAUAAUAUAUGCUUUAUCUUCUAUUUGUUUGACGGGUUAUCAACUGAAUUUUCACUUAAAAAAGGCAUGCGCCUAGUAUUUUUCGUGUAUUCUUUAAAUUAAAAUUUAAACACCGUCUUUUGGUUAUUAUUUUAAACAAGCUUUGUUUGACGAUUGUGUUUUGAAAAUUGAUAAAGACUUGUGGAGAGCAGUAUUUUACAAAAUUCUUUAUUGCUAAUCCAUUAAUUAAUACAAAUUUGGAACAGAUAAAAACGGUUUUUUUAUUUGAAUUAGGUUUAUUAAAAACCUGGGUAUGGAAUCCCAUUUAAGAAUUUUCAGUUUCUGUUUCAGAUCAUAUUUUGGGUCAUAACUUUUAUGAUUCCGAGUUAAGUUAUCAUUAUACUAACUGAAAGCUUUGGGGUUUAUUUAAUCUUUUUCCCAUUAGCUUUUUAAGAUGAGGCAGUGGCCGUCCCAGAUUUUCAUCUUUUUAUACAUUUUUUCUUUGAAUCUCCAAAUAAUUUUUAAUCUUUCCAAUUUUGCAGUCCAAUUCGCUUCCUGAUACAUAAAUUCCUCCUCCAAAUUUAUUAGUAAAAGUUUCAAGGCCACAAUUCCUCGC